UCACUUCCUGCUGUCGGUAUUUUUUUUUUUACUUUCCCUUCUUUUUUCGACUAGAGAUAAUUUGGCACGUCACUGUCAUGAUUGUAUGAUUUCGUCUAAUGUAUCCCGCACGCUUUGUGGACCCUGCAGAUCAAACGUUACGACCUUGGCUUCAUGUUCGGCUCAAAGGAGGAGUAACCCCGCAGGACACUGCUGGGAAAACACCGCUUUGGUUUAAUUAACCACCGCGGCUGGACACGUUUUAAUGUGAGCUCAUAUUGUCGUCUAUAUUGAUACAGCAGCAGCGAGGGACUCUGCCUGGCGGAAAGGCAUGGAUGAGAGGUUAUGUGUGCCCCCCAGCUAAAGGCCUCUGUCGCCCUGACCUGUGCAUCCCACCAGUUCCUCUGUGAGCAUGUAUCGCAGGAACGGGCUCUCGGAUGGCACCAGCAUCAAUUCCGUCACCUCAGAGGCCAGCAGCAGCUCUGAUUCUCUGGAUGGACCUUGUGUGGACUACGCCAAGAGCUACGAUGCAGUCGUCUUCGAUGUGCUGAAGGUGACUCCUGAGGAGUUUGCUAGCCAAAUCACCCUGAUGGAUGCACCAGUCUUCAAAGCAAUACAGCCAGAGGAGCUGGCCAGCUGUGGAUGGAAUGGGAAAGAGAAACACAGUUUGGCCCCCAAUGUGGUCGCAUUCACACGCAGGUUCAACCAGGUGAGCUUUUGGCUGGUGAGAGAAAUCUUAACUGCCCAGACACUGAAAAUCCGAGCAGAAAUACUGAGCCACUUUGUCAAAAUAGCAAAGAAACUGUUGGAGUUGAACAAUCUUCAUUCUCUGGUGUCGGUGGUGUCUGCCCUGCAGAGCGCCCCCAUCUUCAGACUCAGCAAAACCUGGGCGUUGAUCAGUCGGAAAGACAAGGCCACAUUUGAGAAGCUCAACUAUCUGACAUCCAAGGAAGAGAACUACACCUGCAUGAGAGAAUACAUCCGCUCCCUGAAGAUGGUGCCCUGUAUUCCUUACCUUGGGAUCUACCUGUUGGACAUGAUCUACAUUGACUCAGCCUAUCCUGCGUCCGACAGUAUAAUAGAGACGGAGCAGCGGACCAAUCAGAUGAACAACCUUCUGAGGGUCAUCUCCGACCUGCAGAUGUCAUGUAACUAUGAUCACUUGGUGACUCUGCCACAUGUCCAGAAGUAUCUGUUGUCAGUUCGCUACAUAGAGGAACUCCAGAAGUUUGUUGAGGAUGACAACUUCAAGCUGUCCCUGAAGAUUGAACCUGGCAACAGUUCCCCUCGCAUCGCUUCUUCCAAAGAAGACCUGGCAGGUCUGUCUGAGGUAUCUGCCUCUCUGAGGUAUAACCGACGGCCUACCUGCCCUGAUGCCUCUGUAGGGGUUCAUAUUCCCACCCCCCCUCCUUCUCAUCACAGGAAGAGCCAUAGUCUGGGAAACAACAUGAUGUGUCAGUAUGGCAUGUCAGAGAGCAGGAGUGCCACAUUUCCCAUAGAGAAAGCUCGACACCUGCUGGAUGACAGCUUCUUAGAGUCUCAGAGUCCAGUCAGAAAUGAUCCACACAGUACAUCUGUCUCCAAUGGCCUGUCAUUAGGCAGCAGUGAAAGCUCUUUUGGGGAGGAGCUGUCACCUGGAAUGGAGAGGGGCCGCAUGUACGCAACACUGGGCCCCAACUGGAGGGUCCCGCUUCGCAACUCCCCCCGGAGCCGCAGCUAUGUUUACAGCUCCUCUGCUGCCAACUCCUGCUAUGGAUGCAGCGAGGCCGGCAGUGUGACAAUUGAAGGACCCCUGCGAAGGAAAACGCUGCAGAAGGAGGGACGGAAGCCAAGGUUGUCGUCGUGGACCAGAUUUUGGAUCACGUUGUCUGGAUCAACACUAACAUUCUAUGGGGCGAAAGCACUGAGGGCCUCUGAGAGGAAACACUAUAAAUCCAGCCCCUGUAAGAAGGUGUGUGUGACUGGGUGGAUGGUGGUUCUACCAGAUGACCCGUCCAGACCCAACAUCUUCCAGCUCAAUGACCCAGACAAAGGCAAUGUUUACAAGUUCCAGACGGGAUCCAGGUUUUCUGCAAUCAUCUGGCACAAAAACCUGGAGGAGGCUUGUAGGAGCAGUAGACCUCAGAUACCAGCAAACCUCAUGUCAUUUGAAUGAGAGCAGACCUUACCCAGCAGAAUGUUAUUGUGCCAAACCCAUUUGAUUGGGAAGUAACUAAAUGAUGGAACAGUGGAAUAAAAAAAAAAGUUAAGAAGCAUCUGACACUGUAGAAGAUGUUUUUUGGUACCAGAUGUGCGACUGCAAAUGCCAACACACCUGCUGUUUCCUUCACCAAUGUAAUGUAAACUCUGAAAAAAUCCAGUCAGUGGAAGACUUUGGUGAGGCUGUCCCUUGUUUCUUUCUCUGAAGCUUCCUUGUUCGCUGUCAUCGUUACGCUGCUAAAAACAAGUGAGCAAGUACAUAGUUUUUUUGGCCCAUGUUGGGUUCUGCUCGGUGAAAAGAUGCACCCGUGCACAAAUGUGGACAAAGACUGUUAGUCUACCUUUUGUUUGCAGACCAGUGUUAUACGGCCUUCAACGUGGAAAUUGGAAAAAUACACCCCUGUUGUUCAAGUGGUUAAAUUUGUGAAACUGACAUGUCAGUGCACAUCUCAACUUGUGAAAAGAUCUGGAGUUGUGAGCAUGGAAACCGUGACCCCGUUUGAAGGCCUCAUUAAAGAUCAGCACUGCAGCAAAAAGGACAGAUGUGGCAUAAAGUUGGACAGAAGUUGUUCCAAAAUAAGAGAACACAUAAUAUAAUAUGAAACCAUAAAGCUGGCAUUAAGAACCUGUGUUAAAUUGUUGGUCAAAUGAAGAAGCAGCCCUGGAUCGGCUCACCUGUUCACCCCUCGCUACCUCAAUUGGUAGUCCUCCUGUCGCUGGUGUUUGCUGAUGUACAUAACAAGGUUUACAAAUAGCAACAAUUAAUAUUUUGUACAGAACAAGUCAAAAUUUGUCAAACAACAUGGAAAUGAGGCUGAAUGAGGUGAUAAUUACAGUCUAUAAUGAAGAAGACAGCCAGCUGUUGUCCACACCAGUUUGCCAAGGCAGCUGGUAGAGUGAAUUUAAAGCAAUUUACAGUGAAGUACCAAGCUAACAAUCAACAAUCAUGUGUGUGUAAAUACUGUAUUUAUUUGUAAAAGAGUUUAUUUUUUUGAAAGUUGGCCAUCAAAGGGAAAUAGUACAAUGGAUUAUCUUUGAUUCACCACCUGCUGCAAAAGCUGCUCCUCAGAGUGACUCUUGGUGGAAAGCCACCCUAAAACUUAGCUUGACUCCUGAUCUCCAACUGAAGGACACUGGCAUAAGGGAAGACUCCGUCUGCAUCAGCACUGUUAAAUAAUCUGCAUCAAAAGCAAAAUGUUGUGUUAAAUUUAAAGGAUAAUUCUGCUUUAUUACAAUUUGUGUUGGACUUUAUUUUCAUAGGUUUCAUUCCUGUCAGUAAACUUGAUUGGUGCCACUUCUGCGGUAAUGUGUGUUUUACCGCAGUGGUGAAUCAACAGUGGUGAGCCUGAAGUCAAGACCAGUCUAUUCACUGGUCGAUCUAUGUAUGGGUUUUGCAUUAUUACCAAAAGAAUGUGAUUGCGGGUACAAGAAGCCGAAAUUAAUUUCCUUGGCAGGGAAUGUCACCCUUAGAUUUUGGAGGACAUCAUAAGUGUUUGUUUAUGACAGAAAAUAACUAGUUUGGACAACGCGUUGUGCAACCAUGGCCAGAGGCAAAAAUGGUAACUGUUCCUAAUGGCCAGCGGGCCAUCACAGAGAGUGGAGAGACGUGAUAUUGUUUAAAUAAGGGGAUAACCAAACAUUGUUGUUUACAUAAGAAGUGAUAAAAAGAAAUAGUUGUGUAAUGAAUGAAAAAAGAGAGCUAGAGAGAGAAGUUCAAACCCUGCCUGUAAGUGUUGGAUUGCCAGUUUCAGUGACUUACAGAAAUUGUUGGACACAGCCAAAAUUGGAUGAGAGGGGGGGAGGGGGGGGGGGGGGGGGGUCUCCAGAGCUGUUUGACUGUCUGACAUGCAGUUCUGAUGAAGUAUACUGACAUCUUUAUGUUUCACUGGAAGUGUUGCAGGAUGGUUGAACAGAGUUUGAAGGCCCUCCCCCCACACCUUUCUCCUGUUGGAAUUAAUUUUGGUAACUUUCCUAAACCGACAAUCCAACAAUAACGGCCACAUUAUGCAGUGAUUGUCCAGGUGUGUGGAGGUGUGAAAGAAGGCAGGGUUUGAACUUCUGACUUCAGUCAGCACCAUGAAUGCCUCAGAGAAGAAAUUGUUGAAGAAAGUGUCAUCAUCUCAUCAUUAUGCUCAUUUGUACAGUUUAUCUACGGCCACCAUGACUAGGUGGAUGGAUGGAAGGGGACACAGCCACAUCACUGAAAUUAAGUCUGAAGGGUUAUAAAGACAAAAUUAUCAGGAAGUGAAAAUGAAGGUGAAAAGAACAGUUUUCCCCAACUUUGUACAUUGUCAUAUCUGAUAGAAACAAUCGCCAGAGCUAUGAAAAUAAGAUCCAACUUGUAAUACAGGAAUGAUCCUUUAAGAGUAGAACUGACAUGAAGUUAAACAUUUACUAAUAGAUGUCAUUUUUGUAAUGUUUCCCUGUUGUAAAUCAUGGUAACUGGUCAGUCCUAAUGGUAAAAAACAAGAAAGAAAUCAUCUUUUGUUAGGAGUAAUCACAGAAUCUUAAAAGUAUGUUCUUUGUUUUGUUUUUCAGAACUCAUUCAAGGAUUGUCCUUAAUUGUUUUUAGUGGACUUCUUUAACUAGUCCAAUUUAUUCUCCAGUAUUAUUGUCUGUCAGAUGAAUGCAUUUUCACAGCUAAUCAUUCUGCAAAUCAUGCUGUUGUGUUUCAUAAAUUAGAAUUCACUGUU